AUGAAAUUGGGAGAUAAAUUUCUAAACAAGAAUGGGAGGCUAGUCUCUGUUGAUGUUCAACCUUUAGUCUCUUAUGCUCAGAGAUAUUGGAGUUCAGAAUUAUUAUCUGUUGACAGAGAUGUUUUGCGCAACCUCAAUGCACUCUACAGUUUUUCAGUUAAUAAAGCUUUUCCCGAGUUCCGUCAAGCACAACCUCUAUUGAAUAUCUAUGAAAUCUCAAAGUUUCUUCUCAAGUCCAAGUGUUUUAGUCAUGGCCACGAAUUCACUGGAAAAAGAAAUAUGAUUGAUCAAAGGAUAACUGAUGUUUGGCAGGAUAUUAGGAAAGAGCUCAUCUAUGAAAACAUUAGACAAAAAGGUAAAUUGACCUACGGUCUAAUUGGAAGGGUGGUGGUUAUGAUUCUUGGCACGGCUAAUGUUAAAGAUGAACUGUUUGUGCAAAUUAUGACAAAGUUUGAAGCAAACAAACCAUGGAAAGAUUUCAUUGAGAGCUUACGUUUGUGUUCAGAACAUGAAAAUGUACCGGGCAAUAAGGCAGUUUUAGAGAUACAUUGCAUGGUUAAGCUUCAGGAAGCAUUGAAGGAUACUUGCAACGUGAAUUGGGUAGCGGAAGUCGACUAUGUAGCUCCUGGUUGCUUUAUGUAUCUUGUUGAGUGGUUACUGCUAUUGACAUCAUGCUUGAAGGGGUCCAUUUAUGCUACAAAGUCAUCUUUCACUUAA